AUGCUGACUUUCCCAUCGUUGCUGCUCUCAAUAUGGUUACUUGCCGCAAGUAACACUGGCAGCAGGAAAGCGAGGAGACCCGCCUCUAGGAGGAGUGAUAGCAUAGAAUCAUCAUCAUCAGAUGCUGGCAAUAAGUUGGGGAGACGGCGGUACAAUCGAUCGGGCAGUAAACGUUCACCUACUAGCGGUCCAAAUAAUCAAAGGCAGAAUUCCAAACCAGAUAGUGAUCCCAUCCGGCUUCCUGAGACAACCAGUUCCAAUGGAGUUCGACCCACUUACUUUACAUGUCGACACACCUACGAGGAGAUCCUAAUCAAGGAAAUCCAGGAGACCUUUGGAAAAAACAUACCGCUGUCGUCUCCAGCUCCGGGACUUGUGGAAUGUCUCCAAUCAGAUAUACCGGCCCUCUUUGACCCCGUGUAUGCCCUGCAAAGCCUUCCCGAAUGUGUGGUGGUGUCGGCCGAUUCUAUCAAGGGUCUUUCAGAUGCCAUCCAAGGCGACGAGUUGUUGUUCAGCGAUAUUGUCCAAACACAGCUGAGAGAGGCUCCCAGAGCAAGUUUGGCCAUCCACAGCCUGGUGCCGGGUAUGUUCAAAGGACAGCCUAAUCCGGUAAUGGGGAAUCGAGCGGAGAAGGUGGUAGAAAACUUAUCGAAAUCCUUGAAACAGACUUAUGGAGCCGCCAGGAACCAACGAUCAGACGAUAACGUCGAGUCAGAUACAACAGGAGAAAGAUGGCUGCUACAGGUCCUUUUACUUGCCCCAAAUCUAGCCGCUGCUAGCUUGGUCAAAUGUCAACCCCUGACCACUCAUUAUUGGCCCAAUUGGCAUCUUCCAGCCGGGAUGGCCAAGGUCGACAUUACAGAUCGGACGAUGCCUAGCUCCGCUUAUCGAAAGCUUAUGGAAGCUUUGGAAUGUUUACGGAUAAGACCGCAUCCCUCCACCACAGCCUUUGUGGUUGAUCUGGGUGCAUGUCCUGGCGGAUGGACAUCGGUGCUGCGAUGCAAUUUGGAUUGCAAAGUGUUGGCGAUCGAUCGAAGCGCUUUGGAUCCGGCUCUUAUGAAGGAUCCACAAGUCGAAUUUAUAAAGGGAGACGCCUUUACCUUUGAACCGCCAAACGCUGCUGAAAACACGCCCAAGCAAGAAGUUUGGAUGGUUUCAGAUGUCAUUGCAUAUCCAGAUCGAAUUCUGGAGCUAAUUGGACGCUGGUGUGGCGGAAGAUGGGCGACCCAUUUGGUGGUCACAAUGAAGUUUCAGGGGACAGAACCGUCGUUCGCAGAUCUACAAACAUCUAUUGACUUGGCCAAAAGCCUUGGUUACGGUUGUCGAGCCAAACAUUUCUUCAACAACAAGAAUGAAGUUACCCUUAUGCUCAUCCAAGACAAGGAAGAUGGUUGGGCUUCCUACCCACUCGAGCCGGGAGUUCUGGGCAAGCCCAUGUACAAGCCCUUGUUACCAAGCCGAUAG